GUUACUCGAAACGUCACCCAAUAAAAAAUGCAAGUUCCAGACAAAGAGUUGAAAGAUUUUAUCUUGGAUAAAGAAAAGGAAUGGCGGUUACUUGAAGAAGCACGAGUAGAAACCUUAGAAACAUCCUUGAACGAAAAGAGUGGACUUAUCCAGAAAUACAGAAGUAAUUUCAACCAAUUGAAAGACGAUUUUUUGUUUAAUCUGGCUAUACUUAAAGAAAGAGAUGCAGAGUUAGAAAAAUUUGACUCGAUAUUCAUUGAAAUGAAACACGCAUUGACAGCUAAAGAAGAAGAGUUGAGUGUCGUUCUCGUAGAAGCAGACAAGAUGAAGUCGGCUUUAAACUUAGAGUUAGAAGAACGUGAGAACUUGAAAAAACAUUAUUUGAAAAAGCUUAAAGAGAAGCAACAAGAAACUGAUGAACUUUUGUGUGAAAGAGAUGCCGAAUAUUCACGAGAAAGACAAGGUUAUGAAGUUCGCUUCCAAACACUUCGUGCAAAACUUUCAGAAGUGGAGGAACGCGCGGAAGAACAGAAAAGACAAGAGAUACUUACUGUUGACAAGAUUUUGAGACAAAAAGACGAAGAAAUUCGGAAGAAAGAGAAGGAAAUGAAUGACUGUCUAGAAGAAAAUCGACAAAAAAUUGAGGCAAUAUCCAUGAAACUGUCAACAGUUACAACUCAGAAAAGCCAUCUUGUUGAAGUGUUGCAGGAGUACCUCCAUAAAUUGAAAACCUUAGAACGAUGUUUGCGAGAUAAGGAUUGGGAAUUACGGGACAGUAUAGCAUUAAGAGACACUAGAAUUAAUGAAGUUGAAGCGAAAUUGCAGCUGAUGAAAGAAGAAAGAAAACUUCUACAACAGUCACACGAGAAACGACUUUAUGAAGUAGAGACCAAGGUCCUAGAAAAAGAUCAGUUAAUUAGGAAAUCAAGUCAAGACAGAAAAACAGAGAACCAAGAGCUUCUGGAACGUAUUUCUAAAAUAGACAGAGAAAAGAACGACAUAGAAAGUGAAAGAAUGAAACUUAUAUCUGUAGUCAGUACGCUGGAAAAGGAAAAGAUAGAACAGGAACAAAGUCACACCAUGGAAAUUGAAAGAUUAAAAAGCGAACAUGAAAAGGAGAGUUUCAAGCUUUCAAAAAUGAUAACAGAACAGGAAAGUUGUAUCAUUAAUUUGCGAAAUGAGAUAAAGAUAUUGAAGCAGAACCUAAAAGAAAAGACAAGUGAAAUUAGAAGGUUCGCCGAUGAACUGGAUAUAUCAAGGAAAAAUUUAACCAAACAGAAAGAGGAAUUUGAAAAGUUACAUAUACGGUGGAUAAGGAAUUUUGAAGAAAAAGAACAAGAAAUGAAUGCUAAACUCAACAGGAUGAAUUCAGAUUUAAAGAACUCACAGCAACAGGAAGAAAACUACUCAGCGGGUGGUAUGUAUGAGAGAUAUGUUGAUAGGAAUACUUCUUGUGACAGACAACAACAAAAUCAGCCCUCAAACGGAAAUGAAAUUAUAGAGGACGAAAAUGCAAGAACAGAAGUGUUUAAUAAGCUUUGGGCUGUCUUAGAUCUUCCAAGUUCUCCAAGUUCCAUCUCAAUAAUAAGUAAACCCAACCAGUCAUCUCAGUAAUAACCAGCACCUUGUUAUAAAAGUGAAGAAAGUGAACCCAAUGCGAAAGAUAUAAGCUCACUAUAAUAUUAUACGAA